AAAUGUUCUCCCACAAAUUUUAUAUUGUUGCAAUUCAAAAUACGUAAACAAUGGGAAACGCAGCUUCUUCGGGGAACGACGACUCUUCGAAAACUCAAAACGAAAGCAUUAUAAAUCUCUCCGAUCACUGUCUUGAAAAAUUAACCAAUGAAAAUAAAGAAGUUUCCGAUACUUCAGAUGAUAAACAAAGCGCACUGGAAAGUCCUAGCGACGGAGAAUGGAUGUUGAAAUUGAAAGGAUUGGAUCAAACUCAUUCCAACACCAAUGGAAUCACCGUUGAAAAAAUUUAUAAGAUGAUAGAAAGCAUCUACCAAGAACUUGAAGAAAUGAGACCUGUAAUAUGUUCGGCGGAUGAGGUUAUAUACUGCUUGAAGAAACAUCCUCAGAAAAUGAUAAUGUGCAAAGCAACUAUGGACGCUUACAUCGACUGCAUUGACACACAUAGAAUUAACAUAAUUAAAGAACAGAUUGACUGCAAACUAAGAGAAAAGAAUAAGGAAGAACAAAACAUAAUAGAGAAAUUUUUGCAAAAUUGA